GCUGUCGAGAAGUUGACACUGCAAUUCCUCAUUUGCGUGGGGUUUUCAGUCUCAGUAUUCUUAAAACCUCACUGUAUCGGUAAUUGGAGCUGUGAAAGAGAAAGAUGAGGCAAGCUUUUCUGGGAUUAUGUUUGCUUGUUUUUGCUCACCUUGUCCAACUAACCUCAGCUAUUGUCGUUCUCAAACCAUUUGCCAGGGAGUUCUCGGACCUUCCCGCCAAAUUUGCUAUUGCUGUCAAUAGCUCUGGUAUAUGUGGAGCUUUGCUUAUAUCAGACCCUUUGGACGCCUGCUCAUCUCUACGCAAUGGACUUCGACCAAACGAAACUGAUAAAACAAGGUUUGCUUUGAUAGUUAGAGGUGAAUGUGCUUUCAAGGAUAAAGUCCAAAAUGCUCAAAAUGCCGGAUUUCGUGGUGCUAUUGUUUAUGACGAUAGAGAUAAAGGCAAAUUGGUCUACAUGAUGAUAGAGAGUGCAAAUGUUACAAUUCAUGCUGUAUUUGUUUCGAAAGCAUCGGGUGAAGUGUUAAAGGAGCAUGCUCUAGGGGAAGAAGGGGAAUGCUGCAUCUUCCCAUUUCAAAAUGAAACAGCUUGGACGGUUCUAGCUAUAUCUUUUAUCUCAUUUCUUGUCAUAUUGGGUAUACUUAUAAUAGCCAUCUUUGGUCCGAGACACUGGCUCUAUUCUCAAGGAAGAAACCAGCUUCCUAAAAGUGUGGAUACCAAGAUUGUGGAAGCUCUACCUUGCUUCACAUUUAGUUCCACUGGUUUGGGUGAAUGCCACAGUGAAGAAACUUGUGCCAUCUGCCUUGAGAAUUACAAAGAUGAGGAAAUUCUUAAAGUUCUUCCCUGCCAACAUGAAUUUCAUUCAAGCUGUGUGGAUUCAUGGCUGACAAAAUGGGGGACAUUCUGCCCCGUGUGCAAGCAUGAUAUGAGAACCAAAAUUGUGAAUCCCGAGAUCAAAAGAAGGACCUGGUUGUACAGUCUAAAUGUGACUUUUUUCAGUCUAAAUCUUCAGCAAAUUACUUUCUUGGAGUUCCUUUUUGCACAUUCUGAUAUGGGUCUUUCUUGGUUUGGGUUGUCUUGUGGGUUUGUUGCUCUGUUUCCCCUGUUAUUUUGUAGCUCGGGAUCAGAGGUCGUCACCAUUGAUGUUCAAGCUGCCAAGGAUCUGCUCAAGUCUGGCUAUGGUUAUGUGGAUGUCAGGACGGUGGAGGAGUACAAGAAAGGGCAUGUGGAUGCAGAGAAGAUUUUAAACAUUCCUUACCUGUUCAAUACACCUGAAGGGAGGGUAAAAAAUCCCCAAUUUUUGCAGGAGGUUUCAUCUGCUUGCAACAAAGAGGACCUUCUUGUUGUGGGUUGUCAAAGUGGGGUCAGAUCUCUUUCUGCAACUACUGAUCUUCUGACUGCUGGUUUCAAGCAUGCGAACAACAUGGGAGGAGGCUAUCAUGCUUGGGUAGAGCAUCAUUUCCCUGUUACUAAGCCAGAAGAUGCUGGCAAAAACAAUCAAGAAGUUGACCAACGAAAGAAGGCAGAAGAUGAGCUCUAAUUUUUUACAUAGCAAUAUCUUCUCUUCUAUAGUUAAGAAAAUCUGAACGGGAACUUAAUAAAUACGUCCAGGUGUAGCGAGAGUAAUCAUCUACAAAUAAAACAUAAUAUAAAGCAUCUCCCAUGGAGGAAAUCGGAGCUUUACCCCAAAUAUCAAAGUGCACAAGGUCAAAGGGAGCGGAAGUAGAUGUUCUAUGUAUAUAAUAGUAUAUGCUUUGAUUAGAAAUCAAAUUAUGUACCUUGAUGAACGUGUAAACUGAAUUUAUCAUAAAGAAGGGGAAUUAUGUCAGGGGAAUUAUG